UAGAGAGGGUAACGGCCACUCUCCUUUCUUUCAUAUAUUAAUUCUUGCCUUUAUUCAACUCCAUACACUUACCGAGAAAGGUCACCUUAUCACAAAUUGGGUGCUAUCUUCUAUAAUAAAACUUGAACCUGAUGGUAUAGCUGGUCUUCUCAAGAAGAAUCAAAAUGGCAACUGACAAUUUACCACUUCAGUAUAAAAUUAUGUGUGCGGGUUCAUCCGCUUGUUUCGCUGACAUGGUGACAUUCCCAUUGGAUACAGUAAAAGUACGACUACAGAUUCAAGGAGAGAGUCGAGCUCUCCUUAGUGUUGCAGGGAGUGGCAUGGUCAUUAGAGAAGGUGCGGUGCAAUACAGAGGUCUUGUUGGAACUUUAACCACAAUCGCCAGAACUGAAGGAGCUAGAAGCCUGUUUAAUGGAUUAUCUGCUGGCUUGCAACGCCAGCUCUGUUUUUCAUCUAUUCGAAUUGGUCUUUAUGACAAUGUCAAAGCUACUUAUCAAAAACUACUUUUUGGUGAAUCAACGAGUGUAAACAGCUCGUGUAGAGUUCUAGCUGGAUUAACAACAGGGGCAUUGGCUGUUUUCAUAGCUCAACCGACAGACGUUGUUAAAGUUAGAUUUCAAGCACAGUUGAAAAAUGAAAUUGGAAGCAGGUAUAAAUCAACUUUGGAAGCUUAUAAAACGAUCGCCUCAAAGGAAGGAAAAGCUGGAUUAUGGAAAGGUAUGCUUCCAAAUGCAAGUCGUAACGCUAUUGUUAAUGUCGCAGAAAUAGUUUGCUACGACAUUAUAAAAGAAACUAUCGUUACCAAAGGUUUUAUGAAAGAUGCAACCCCUUGCCAUUUCAUUUCAGCUGUCAUUGCAGGAUUGUGCGCCACAAUAGUUGCAUCGCCUGUUGAUGUGGUGAAAACGCGUUAUAUGAAUUCAAAACCAGGAACAUACAAAAACUCCAUCAAGUGUGCCUUGCAAACAUUUUCUGAUGAAGGAAUAUCAGCAUUUUUCAAAGGGUUCACUCCUUCCUUCUUCCGUUUAGUUAGUUGGAAUAUUGUUAUGUGGGUAACAUACGAGAAGACAAAGGAAUAUGUUCAACGUUAUCAUGUUGAAUGAUAAACUGUGAUAUUAGGUUAAGUAGUAUAUAUUGUCACUGAUUUAUUACAUGUUAGACAUACAAACAUUGCUGUACAUUUAAAACUUAUUACUAUUUUAAAAUUUUUAUAAGGAAUAUUUUUUACUAAUAUGACUGUAUAAAAAAAGAAAAAAAGUGCUGUGAAUUAGACCAUUUGUUGUAAUUAUAACAUUCCGAUAAAUUGUGUCAUUAAUUUUGUGAUUAUUUUACUAUAUCAAAAUGAGGAUUUUUUGUUAUUUUAA